AUGAAGAAUCUGGUCAUAUUUGCCUUCUUGUUCUUAAGCAUCACUACUGUAAUCAAUGGUGGAAUAACAAGUAAAUUUGUCCGCCAAGCUUUACCAUCGAUCGAAAUGUCUCUCGACACUUUCCCUUCUCCUGGUGGCUACAACACUCCUGAACAGGUUCAUCUGACUCAAGGAGACCAUGAUGGACGUGGCAUGAUUGUCUCGUGGGUCACACCGUUGAAUCUCGCUGGUUCUAACGUUGUUACCUACUGGAUCGCUACUAAUGGUAGUGACGUAAAGCCAGCGAAAAAGAGAGCUCAUGCCUCCACUAAAUCUUACAGAUUCUAUGACUAUAGUUCAGGAUUUCUCCAUCACGCCACAAUUAAGGGACUCGAGUACGAUACCAAGUACAUCUAUGAGGUUGGUACCGAUAAAUCCGUUAGACAAUUCUCCUUCACUACUCCUCCAAAGAUCGGACCCGAUGUUCCAUACACAUUCGGCAUCAUUGGUGAUCUUGGACAGACUUAUGCUUCUAAUGAGACAUUGUAUCAUUACAUGUCAAACCCUAAAGGCCAAGCUGUUCUCUUUGCUGGAGACUUGUCAUAUGCAGACGACCACCCGAAUCAUGACCAGAGAAAGUGGGAUACUUGGGGAAGAUUUAUGGAGCCUUGUGCUGCUUACCAGCCCUUCAUCUUUGCUGCCGGGAAUCAUGAAAUUGAUUUUGUUCCAAACAUUGGUGAGCCUCACGCAUUCAAGCCCUACACUCACCGUUACCCUAACGCCUACAAAGCUUCACAAAGCACUUCUCCUCUUUGGUACUCAGUGAGACGUGCUUCUGCUCACAUCAUCGUCCUCUCUUCUUACUCGGCCUACGGAAAAUACACGCCUCAAUACAUUUGGCUUGAGCAAGAGCUAAAGAAUGUGAACAGAGAAGAGACUCCAUGGUUGAUUGUCAUUGUUCACUCUCCGUGGUACAACAGUAAUAACUAUCAUUACAUGGAAGGUGAGAGCAUGAGAGUUAUGUUUGAGUCGUGGCUCGUUAACAGCAAGGUUGAUUUGGUUUUGUCUGGUCAUGUCCAUGCCUAUGAGAGAUCUGAACGUAUCUCCAAUAUUAAGUACAACAUCACCAAUGGCUUGAGCUCUCCUGUGAAAGAUCCUAAUGCUCCUAUUUACAUUACUAUCGGAGAUGGAGGAAACAUUGAAGGAAUUGCAAACAGUUUCGUGGAUCCACAACCGAGUUACUCAGCAUAUAGAGAGGCGAGUUUUGGCCAUGCGGUUUUAGAGAUUAUGAAUAGGACUCACGCGCAGUACACAUGGCAUAGGAACCAAGACAACGAGCCUGUCGCCGCUGACUCUAUUAUGUUGCAUAACAGACACUUCUUUCCGGUGGAGGAAAUAGUUUCCAGCAACAUUAGGGCCUAA